UACACCUUGGCCAGGGACCACCCCUGCCAGCCCGCUCGCCCACUCGCCGCGCCAGCUGCGUGUUGCCUUGCACGUCAACUCCAGCGCAGCCUCCUUGUCAGCUUGGAGAGCUUCCAACCCGACCUCUUGAACCUCCAAGGCUGUCAUUGAUUGCACGAGAGCUCCAACGACGACAGCUCGACAACACCACAAUACGCGAUUCAGACCGCUCUACCUCUUGAGGUUCGAAACGACAUUCAUCCGAUAGCGAUACUGUCCAACAAACACACUUGAACCUCCCCACCCAGAGCUCCCGUUGCAUCGAAGCCAUUGCCAUCCACACCCGCUUCCCAGCAGCCACCCCUCCACAACAGCCAAGAUGUCCUCCCCCUUCUCAAUAAACGGCGGCGCCUGCGUAGCAAUGGUAGGCAAAGACUGCGUAGCCAUAGCCUGCGACCUCCGCCUCGGCCUCCAAGCCCUCACCGUCUCCAACAACUUCCCCAAAAUCUUCCAAUACGGCGACAACGUCUUCCUCGGCCUCACCGGCCUCGCCACAGACGUGGCCACCGUCUCGGACCUCUUCCGCUACAAAGUAAACAUGUACCGCCUCCGCGAAGAGCGCCAGAUCGCCCCCCGCACCUUUGCCAACCUUGUAUCUUCCUCCCUGUACGAGCGCCGCUUCGGUCCGUGGUUUGUCUCCCCCGUCGUUGCGGGGCUGGACCCCAAGACGGGCCAGCCAUUUAUCUGCGGGUUUGAUAGUAUUGGGUGCAUUGAUUUUGCAAAGGACUUUAUUGUCAGUGGGACGGCGACGGAGCAGCUGUUUGGCAUGUGUGAGAGUUUGUGGGAGCCGAAUCUUGGCCCUGAUCAGCUUUUCGAGACGAUUUCCCAGUCCCUUCUCAACGCCGUCGACAGAGAUGCCCUUUCCGGUUGGGGUGCUCAUGUGUACAUUAUUGAGAAGGACAAGGUGACCAAGAGACUGCUCAAGGGACGGCAGGAUUAGAAAGGGUGCACGAAGAAGAAAUGUUUAGAUCAAGGGAAUGAACCUGGACAAAGGGUAGCAACCGCUGUGUCUCUUCUGUGGCAGGCGGGAGUUGGGGCAUACUAGGCGUUGUAACAGUAAAUGAUAUUUUGAGACCAUACAAUGACCACCGUCAA